AAGCAUGUGAGCUCACUUCAUAGUAAAACAGGUCCUGCAAGGCCAGGUAACUCAGGAAGCCGAAUGGUAAUUAUUCACAGAAGAAAGCCGGUAGUGUACUGUUACAAUACUACUGUAGCAAGUCAGAAGGUCACAAGGCUUGCAAGGUAGCUGACACAACCCGAAACUGCUGGGCCCCUGUACAAAGAAAGAAUAAAAUGGGAGAGAAGGAAGCUGGUUUUUCUAACUUGUCUAUGCAAGGCAAAAAGAUGGCUUAUCAGAAGGUCAAUGCAGAUUUAAGAACCUCAGGAAACUCACCUUACUUAGACAAUGAUGACAUCCAAGCCACUGCCCUUGACUUAGAGUGGGAUAUGGAGAAAGAACUGGAAGAGCCUGGCUUUGACCAGUUCCAGCAGGAUAAUGCUGAGACUCAGAACUUGGGGCACUCAGAAACUUUAGACCUCCAUCUUGAUUCCAUUCAACCAGCCGCUUCACCCAAAGGAAGGUUCCAGAGACUGGAAGAAGAACCUGACUAUGUUACCCACUACACAAGAUCGGCACCAAAGAGCAAACACUGCAACUUUUGCUACCUUGUAAAAAUAGUUUGCACAGCCACCAUUUUAUUUAUUUUUGGAAUUCUAAUAGGUUAUUAUGCACAUAUGAAUUGCCCUUCUGAUGCCACACCAUCAGGAACAAAGGACCUUCAGUUAUACCAGGAUAUUCUCAAGACAAUCAAAGCAGAAGAUAUUAAGAAAUCUUUCAGAAAUUUGGUACAACUCUAUAAAAGUGAAGAUGAGAUGGAAAUUCCAAAGAAGAUUAAGACUCACUGGGCUGCACUGGGCUUGGAAGAUACACAGCUUGUGAACUACUCGGUGUUGCUGGAUUUCCCUGGGCCCUCUCCAGGCACCAUCACUGUGAGCAGCUCUGGCCAGUGUUUUUAUCCUGAUGGCCAACCUUGCAGGGAAGAAGCCAGAAAAGGCCAUAGCCAAGAUCUGCUCUCCUCAUAUGCAGCCUAUUCUGCCAAAGGAACUCUCCAGGCUGAUGUCAUUGAUGUGAGUUAUGGAACUGCAGAUGAUUUGAAAAGGAUUACAAAAUUGAAAAAUACAACAAAUCAAAUUGCACUCCUGAAAUUAGGAAAAUUACCACUACUCUAUAAGAUUUCGUUACUGGAAAAGGCUGGGUUUGGAGGUGUUCUUCUCUACACUGAUCCUUGUGAUGUUCCAAAGUCUGAAGAUCUUAGCUCUGAGACCUUUAUGGUGACGCUAAAUCCAGGAGGAGACCCUUCUACACCUGGGUACCCUAGUCUUGAUGGAAGCUUUAGACAGAGCCGACCAAACCUCACCUCCCUGUUAGUGCAGCCCAUCUCAGCGUCCUUUGCUAAAAAACUCAUUGCUUUGCCGAAACUGAGAAUGGAUAAUGAUACCUGUCGCCCUCUAGAGCUUCCAUAUAAUGAAAAAAGAACUGUCAGUUUGCAAGUGCAGACAGUCACGGAAUUUAAACCAGUGAUUAAUGUUGUUGGGUGUGUAAGAGGCAGGACGUCACCAGACCGGUAUGUUAUAGUUGGCAGUAACCACUAUGCUGGAUAUGGUUAUAAUGAACAGGAAUGGGCCAGCAGUACGGCAGUCAUCACAGCGUUUAUCCAAGUCUUGAUGUUAAGAGUGAAUAAAGGAUGGAGACCAGAGCGUACCAUUGUUUUCUGCUCAUGGGGAGGAACGACUUGGGGCAACAUUGGCUCCUAUGAAUGGGGAGAGGAUCUUGCGAAGGUUCUACAAAAGAAGGCUGUGUCUUACAUUAGCCUUCAGAGUCCUGUGCGUGGCAACACCAGUCUGCAUCCAGUAGCAUCUCCAUCGCUGCAGCAGCUGGUUCUAGAGAUAAACAAGUUCAACUGUACCCGAAAAGCUCAGUGCCCGGGAGCCAACAUCAGCUCUGUACAGAUACAAGGUGAUGCUGACUAUUUCAUCAACCAUCUUGGCAUUCCAGCUGUGCAGUUUACUUAUGAGGACAUCAAAACAUUAGAGGGUCCAAGUUUUCUCUCUGAAGCCAUUUUUCCUAAACAUGCAAUCAAAAUUGAAGAAGUUGAUCCAUCUUUCAGCUUCCAUGAAGCCAUUACUAAGCUCUCAGGAGAAGUAAUUUUACAAAUCGCCAAUGAACCUGUUCUGCCCUUCAGUGCCCUGGAUAUCGCCUUAGGAGUUCAAAACAGCCUGAAAGGUGAUGAGCCCAGGGUCCCUCACCUCCUUGCCAUGGCAUCACACCUGAGGGAUAGUGCUGAAAUCUUCCAGUCAGAUGAGAUGCGGCCUGCUAAUGACCCAAAGGAAAGAGCUCCCAGCCGUGUCCGAAUGCUGAAUGACAUCCUUCAAGACCUGGAGAAGAACUUUCUGAUAUCGCGGGUGCCACCAGGAUUUUAUAGAAACAUCCUGUACCAUCUUGAUGGGAAGACAAGCCAGUUUUCCGUCCUCAAGGAGGCUUGGGAGCAGUGCAGUUCGCUGGCCUCAAAUGUGACCAUUCAGCAGGCCCUGUCCGAUGUGCUGAAUAGCAUCCGUUCAGCUCAGGUUUUCCUCAAAGCAGGACUGGAUGUGUUUGAGAGUGUCUUGGCUGAAAAGAACUGAGAAAAUAUGCAGCAUUUUAAAAGUUUGUUUACAAGUGUAAAAACAAAAUCUCUAAUUUGAUCAGGUAUUUGUGUGUGUGUGUGUGUGUGUGUGUGUGUGUGUGUGUGAGAGAGAGAGAGAGAGAGAGAGAGAGACAGACAGAGAGAGAGAGAGAGAGAGAGAGAGAGAGAGAGGAAAGACUUUACCCCAAUUUUAAAGCUAUUACACAGCAUAUUUUUAAAUGUACAUAAGAAAGAACAUUUUGCACAUUUUAAAUAUUUUUAUAUUCUCAUUUUAGUAUGUAACAGCAAUUAUUGAAAUAAUACCCAAGAUUUAUCUAUUACAGAGAAAUAUGCUGUAUUUUUGUAAAUAAAAAGCUUGUGGGGGGUUAAGAUAUUCUUGACAUUACCAUUAGUGUGGACAGAAUGUGGAGGAAUGCCAGAAUUCUCUCGAAUAAAAUCUCCAGUGACUGAGUUUCUAUGUUAGACAUGGAGACCUGAUAAGUUUCCAGACAAAUGUUCAAGUAACUGUUCAAUAUGAAGAAGUAAUGCAUUUUGAAUGAGGGAUUGAUGCUCAGAACCACUUUGAAUGUUUCUAUUUUAUAAAAUGAAGUUCCUCUUCUUGACACAACUAGAUGUAGUAAUGCACUGGUUAUGAAGUUGAAUUUUGCUAAGUACUAAUGAAAAAAGAGCCAUAAACAUUCCACGGGGGAAACUCCCAAGAAACUGGAGAGAGCAAUUUAAAUGCAAAUUCUUCCUAAGGCUGCACGUUUGAAAAUCUUCAAUUGCCUCAGUUGAUGCUGUGCAGACUUCAGCACUGCUGUGCAUUGACAAGGGAAAGCACAUUCUUUACUGUCCCUUCUGUGAGUUCCAAUGGAAUGACGGAAGCAGGGAAUAGGCUACAGGAGGGCAUCUCACACAGCUGUCCCUCCUCACAUCUUUCCCACAAUCCCUUGCUAUAAAGUGAUUUUAACAGAAAACUGCAUAACAAUAAUAAAAAAAUUUCAGUUUGUCUUUGAAAAUCCAAAAUAUCGUCAAAUACAUUUGUGAUUUUUCGCCAGUAGCAAACUACGGGCAAAAGAAGCCCUACUGUGAAAGAGAUGUCUGUUUUUGUCAGUAAAUAUUCUAAAUAUAAGAAGAAAAUUAAUAAUUUCCCCCUUUGUUAUUCUUCACAGUGGCUAAGAUAAAAACAGCAAAUAGGCAUGCCACUACGUUAUCAAAAACUUAAGUGCUUUAGAGUCUUUGUCUCUCGUGUAGGAGACGGACUUUGUAUUUGGUCAUUGUCAAUCAGAAGCUCCAAAGUCCAUAUCCCUUCAAACAAAAACAUUCUACCUUCUGAUGGAAAAACAAAGCUCUUACCCUACCUUGCCAACACAUUUGUUUAAAAAUAUCCUUCUCAUACUGAGUAAUGCAGUUUUCCUUUGAGAGUAGACCAUGAGAAUAUUCUUAUGACACUCCCUACACGUUUCAAUCCUGAAACAAUUGGCAUUACACAUGGCCAGGAAAAUGCUAUAACUAUCUUUGUGUACCUAGGACUUUACUUCUUUUGGAUGAAGUAAGAUGAGUUUAAAAGAAAGCUAGAGUUGAAAGAAAAGAAUUAACCAUCAUCCACUAAGUGAUUUAUAAGGUGCAGCUCUUCUUACCAAUAAUAAUGUUUGUGUGCUCAGAGCAUAUAACUGGGACAAUAUGCUAGAUAAUUCAGACAGAAACACGUAUUAAUCUGAAGUGCCUAUGUAUGAACAUUUUAUAUGAAAAAUUAAACUACCUUUUAGUAUAGUUAAUGUAUUUACUUAAUGUAAUUAUGUUGAACAUACUUGUUUGAGAAUGUUUGCCACACUGCUGAAUGUAUAUAGGAAGGCAUCACAAGGGUCUAGGCAUUGCUUGCCUGGCCCUGCUUCUUUCCCAUAGUCUGCAGAGUGAUCAGAAAAAAGGCUGACAGAAUGCUUAGACUGCCAGAGAAUCAAUCCUAGGUCAAGAGUGUUCAACACUGAGUCAUGGUAGCGCAGUUAUUUGUAUGAAGCUGAAUUUAAAACAAAGAUGACAAAAUACCUUUUAUUUUGUAGAUUGUAAUCUUAGAUAACCCUAAAUUGUUUUAGUACAAUAAUUCAAAAAAGUAUGGAGAACAGAAGAUCACUGCUUUCUAGAUUUUUAUUUAAAGACUUUGUACAUAGAAAAAGCUAAUCACAUAUAAGUUCUGUAUUACUUCCUGACACAUUAAUUGUAUUAGUCCUUUGAAAACCACAGUUAACUCAUUGCUAGCAUAUUUUAUUAGAUCAUUUAAAAGACCAAAUGAAAAGAUAAAAUUGCAUUUAAAAUAGAUGUUCAUGAAUUCUAAAGAAGCUGUUCCACAUUUUGGUUUUAAGGGAGCCCUGAGCCUUGUGACAUAGUAGUACAGCUGUGACACACUUACCUCAAGACUCUUUCAGAUGCACAGCAUGCUAACUUUCUCCUGAACUCCAAAGUGAAUAAAGUACUGAGCAAGGAAAUGACAAGUGGGAUGUGAGCCAGUAGUAUUUUCUAAUGGAUACUGAGACUUCUAAGUAUCAAGUACUUCUCAAAGUACUUCAUAAAUAAUUGGUCCCAGGAGGUAACAAAUCAGAGAUGUCCCAUUUGCCAGGAAAAUGUUGAGAAUUUGUGCUGUGAAUCUGACCAAGCAGGAAAUCCAGGGAAAUUGUCCCAGUACUCGAGACAAAGGACAGCCUAUGUGACAGUCAAGACUAAGGUUGAGCUUAUUGUCUCAAUUGUAAAGUCACCACGGUCGCUAUCAGAUGUAGUACCUGAGACAGAUGAUGGAGAAGCACACACAUCAGCAUCCAUUCAGAGAGUGGCUGAAGCCACUUAGGUUUCAUCUUCUUGACUAGUGUGCACUGUCCUGUCUCCCAGAAGAGUUAUAGAUGGCCUAUUCAGUGAAUGCUUUGUAACCAGUCCACUAUGUCACAUGCUACUGUGGACUGGGAACAUGAUUUUAGUGCUAGGCAAGCUCACAUUUUGGUCAUACUUGACAAAAUAUUCCCAGGCAAUCUGGCCCAAUAACGUGAAGUCUGAGGAGUGACAGCAGAAGUCAGGAAGAGGCUAAGUGAAAUGCUAUUACAGAGACCUUGUAGCUGGGAACAUCGACAGCCUAAAUUAGUAGUUUUUGAAAUGUGAAAUUAGGGGAAGAGUUUUCAGGAUAUUUAUUCUCAGACUCAAAAUUAUCUAUUUUAAAAAUUUCUAAACUGUAUCAAUCCUAUAUCCUGAUAAAAUAUCUUAAAAGCUUAUGAAAAUAUAUAUAAAAAAAUCACAUUGAUGAAGGAUCCGAAAGAUUUUGACAAUGCCAUCAUUAAAACCCCAUUAAGCAGCUAGAGAGUUGAGUCAGUGGUAGGAGCACUUGAAACUCAAUUGUGAGGACCUGAAUUCAGUUUCCAGCUCCUACUUUAGGCAGGUCAUAAAUGCCUGUAAAUUCCAGCAUUAAGGGAUCCAGUGCCCCCUCCUGACCUGCAGGAGCAUUGUGCACAUAUUCACACAUGAACAAAAUACCUCCCCCAAAUGUAAUAAUACAAAGGAUGACCUGUUUUAUCAGUAAAAGAGAAGUCAGAUGUAACCAACAUCUCUGAUACCUAUGGCAGGAACUGGUUUAGACAUGAUUUACAUUUGUUUUAUUUUUCUACUUGACUAUAUAUAGCAAUUCAUUUAAGAAGAAAGAACCAAGUUUAAUGAGACAUAUUCAGACUUCUGAGAUUAAUAGAAAUGUUGUGCUGUUUUUUUCUCCUCAUGGGGACACUGUAUUGUCAAUGUGCAUGCCUUAGACCAGGCAAAACAGAAAAUUCAGCUUUUUUGAUUUAAAAACAUAGUAUGAUCUAACAUUUUGAUGUGACUUUUCCACAUAUGAUUAGCCCCAGGUAGUUAGCCUUGGUAGGAUCCACUUCACCAUAAUUGUAAAAUAUCUAAAAUCAGCAUCCAUAAUGCCCAAUGGCUGUAGCCCAACAAUGCUGUACCUGUGUAAGUUGAGAAACCAUGAAAUCUAAGCACAUAGUUAUAUCAUACCAGGAAAACAAGGCUUCAAGUUAUAAUUUUAAACCAGAAUGCUCUACUCUCAUAAUACCUCCUCCAAAUGUCCAUAGAAUUCACCAAGGAAAAACAAAACAAUAACAACAACAAAACAGGUGCUUUUAUAUAUGUCUGUGGCCAUAUAUCAGACCUCAAAACCAAUGAACUUCUUAAAUAACUACAUAGCAUGUAGAAGUCUCUUAUUAGUGGUGAGUCAGCAUCCUGACUCAAAUGUUUUAAAAAAAUUAUUAUUUUCAGGAUAAAUUGUUAGACUUAGCUAAUAAUGUUCUUCUGAGACACUUCAUACUAUAUGUAGUUAAUUCCUGCAAGAAUUAAGCUUUCUCUGAGGAUUAUAUUUUGUUGUAUUAUUGGUUUAGUAUGUUACUCACAUGCACAUUUGCUUAAUAGAAAGGAGCUAUUUCAAACUGCCAAUACAUGGGCUGAGUUGAAGGGAAAAGGUCUCACAUAUUUAAACAAAUUACUCUCCAACCUGUUUCCGUGCAGGACUGAGAAUUCAGCCUAAAAAUAGGAAAACAAGCUCAUGAUAUAUGCCUCACUACUCAAACAAAUUCAGAUCUAUUCCAUGAGUUUAAAUAGCUAUCUUAAAAAUUGCUCAUUAGCGUUUGCUGUUCUGAAAUCUGAAAAAAGAUUGCAGAGUUCAAAGUACUCUAUUAAGUGUGACUACCAUACAGUUGACUGGAUUUGUUUUAUUGAAUUUUGAAUGUGAAGUUACAUAAAUUUGAAGAUUUCAAACUAUAUUGUAGAAUGUUACUGGUCAUCACCAUGUUCACUCAGAAAUAAACUGUGUUUCCUUUCUAGAUAAACUCUAUAAAUUAUAUAAGACAUGGCCUUCCUGGAAUAGUGGUUUUAGAAUUAAUCUAUUUAACACAAGUUUUUCUGCUAACCACCAAUAGUUUUCAUUCUAUAAUAGCAUUCCAUUACCCUUCAAAGAUGUACACUAACAGUGCCUUUAGCAUAGAGAGGUUUGUAAGAAUCCUGAGGUGCAGCUUACUGUGAGGUAACUUGUUUCUUAAAGGCAUUUAUAAUCUCAUCUUCAAACUGGAUCAUGAUUUUAAGAGCAAAGGAAUAAACUAAGUCAUAUUUAGGACCUGUUGCUGCAGUAUUUCUGGUCAUAUUAUAUUUUUGGACAUACAGUUACAAAGCUUGCAAUAAACAAAAUGGUGGCACUGAGCUUUUCAGCCAAAAUCCACUCUGCAAAGCCAAAGAAACACAUGGUUGUUCUGCUUUCUUAUUUCUAGGAGUCAGUCAAAUAUUAAAGCACAAGCCACCUAUUGACAGUCUUAGCCCAGGGAAUUCUUUAAUGACUACACAAAAAUCCUAACAGUAUUCAAACUUCCUCCUUUGAUAGGUUAAGCCAAUAAGCCCAGAAGUAGCUUUUCUCAGCAGAAGACAAAUUUUAUUUUCUCAGGUGUAAUUAAUAUGUCCACGUCAGUCACAAAAAGGCCACACAGGUGUCUUUCUCAUGACAUAUGUCAUUGCUGUAGUUCUGCAAACUCAAAAGAUUAAUAUGCAAUUAUUAUUAUGAAUGAUUAUGCUGCAUUAACGUUGGCAGCUGUCUUCUGGUCUAAUUAAAGGGCAGACUUGGCAUCUGUAUAGAACUUCACUGAAGAAGUUGAGUCAGAGUCUCUAUUUUAAUGGACUCCAAAUAUUUUUCAAUCAAAAUGUACAAUUUCAAUUACCUAUGCUCUUCAAUAAUUAUAACUUUAUAGUUCCUUCAAGGAAUUGUAUUUAAUAUGGGGCCAUACAGGGGUUAAUGCCUGAGUUUCACCUUUGAGAUUUCUUAGCCAUUUAAGAAUGUAUUUUCUGUACAUAGAGUAUAAUUUUAUUAAAAUUAAUAAUAAUUAUAUUAUUUGGUUUUAUAUACCAUGAAUGGACAUUACUCUAAAAUUUAGAACAACACAUGACUAAUUUAUAAGGAUUAUUUUUUUCUUUGUAUAGAGAAAGACAAAUAUAUAAACAAACAAUAUAUUUCACUAUACCAUUUCAGCUUGUCCACAAGAAGCAAAAUACCCAGAUGGUUAAGUGUGGCGCAUAUAAUUAUAUUCCAAAUAUAUUAUAAAUAAUUCCAUUUAGUGGCUAAGCCAGACUAUAUUAGGUGAUUGAGUGUGUACAAUGCUAACAGAAGGGUUUAGUGGUAAAUAUAUUCCACACACUUUAACUUGCUAUUUGAAAAAGAAUUAUGUCCAGAUAAGAAAAGCUUCUGAGGGCAUUCUAACGUUCUAAUUUGUUUUUAUAGACACCCAGAAAAUUGCAUGGCAUUUUGAUAAUAUUUUUUAUGUGGGCUUUUUUUUAGUUGUGUUUCUAAUGAAACAACCUUUAAAUGGACAAAUUUUUAUAAAUUUUAUAUAUUUUUCCAGUGCUAUAGUAUCAAAAGAUACAAUCAUAGAAUUGCAAAUGAAAAUAAGCAGAGAAAAAUUUAUAGUUUCAUGGGACAAAAUGUAAAGGCUAAUUUUAUCAAAUAAAUGUUAUUUAAUUUAAAACAAUCACCUCUCUGAGUAUGCCCAUUAAUAAAUUUUAUUGAACUGUAUUAUUGCUAGCUUAUGUUCAAGAUAAUCUUAUUAUCGUCUGUGUUUGUUAAACUUCAUUGCAUAGAGAUUGCUAAAGUCAUUGUAGUUUUCCUUGAUUUUUAAUGACAUUAGUUUAUAGGUGUGUAUCUAUAUUUUCCAAUUAUUACAUAUGGUUGAAUGUCUACUUUCUCUGUGUGAAUGUCCGUACAAAACUGUAUGGUUUUUGCAUGUUUCCAAAUGUGAUCUCAAUUCAGUAUAUAACCACUUUGUGUUACUUCAAAUGAUUCAAUAUGCAGAUUCUGAUGUGAUUAGAGUGAUAGAAUGGAUUGAUGUUCCAAAUCCAUUAAGAAUGAGUGAGCAUUUUAUAUUUCACUGACUUAAAUAAUGAAAAACUUAGUACUAUUAAAUAAAAGUAUCUUUAAAAUA